UAGUUAACUCAUUCUGUAAGAAUUUUGCUUUCAUUCGUGGUGAUUUUGACAGUGUUUUGCCAUCUGUUUUCAAUAUUUCUAGUGACAAGAUUGAAGGUUAGACUACACAAUGUUUAAAAAUUCAAAUCAUCUAGUUUGUAAGAUCUUAUUUGUCGUGGCAUUCAUUUUCAUAAAGGAUUCCAUCGCCAGAAGCAAAGAGAGCGCACCGAGGGACGUUCGUUACGACGAUCAACUCAAACGAGACAAUACUGGAGUUAUAUCAGAUAAAGAGGUCUGGAGUUCCUCUGGGUCCGGUUUUGGGACCACUCCAAGAGAAAAUAAAGAUACCGCGCAGGUAGCCAGCGCCACAGUUCCUAUUCUUCCAGCUAUGCCGAGAUUCAAAACAAUAUCAGAUGAACUCAAAUGGAAAUUCAACAAAGCCAGAGAAAGUUUGAAGAAAGCAAAGCAAUAUGUCGCUCUGGCUGAACUAACCGCUGCCAAGAAACAUCGCGGUACAAAAAACGAAAAGGAAGUCAAGAAGAUUAUUACUAAUACCGAAGUUGCUUUGGUUCACGCCGGGGAUAAAAUGGGCCUUGAUUACGUGCAUUAUAAGAGAAGUAUCGAUGAUGACGACGAAUAGUUAUUGAUUGGUACUACUGAUGCCGACUAUAUCUAUCGAUUGGAAUCACGAAAAGAAUACAUAAACAAUAUACAAAUAAUAAGAAUAAGAAUCUGGACAAAAGGCACAGUCGAUUCAUGAGUCGCGGAAAAAAUUUGCGAAUAAAAAAGAAAUCGGCAGGA